AAAGGGAAGGGGGUGGAGUUGGUGAAGGAACUAGUAUAAAUGGGCCAAGCCUCUAUUUCUUCUGUCGUGCCGUUGUCUUCUCUCAUCUUAUCUCGCACACUCUCUUCCUCCAAAAACCGUCUCUCUUUUCUCCGCUUCAAUCUCCGGUUCAGAGCAAUGGCAUCUCACAUUGUGGGUUAUCCUCGUAUGGGACCCAAGAGAGAGCUCAAGUUUGCCCUGGAAUCUUUCUGGGAUGGGAAAAGUAGUGCCGAGGAUUUGCAGAAGGUGGCAGCUGAGCUCAGGGCAUCCAUCUGGAAGCAAAUGGCUGAUGCUGGAAUUAAGUACAUUCCUAGCAACACUUUCUCAUACUAUGAUCAGGUGUUGGACACCACGGCAAUGCUUGGUGCUGUUCCUGAAAGAUAUGGUUGGAAUGGUGGGGAAAUUGGGUUUGAUGCCUACUUUUCCAUGGCUAGGGGCAAUGCCUCUGUACCAGCCAUGGAAAUGACCAAGUGGUUUGACACCAACUAUCAUUUCAUUGUCCCUGAAUUGGGACCCAAUGUUAAGUUCUCUUAUGCAUCUCACAAGGCUGUAAAUGAAUUCAAGGAGGCCAAAACUCUUGGAAUUGAAACUGUCCCAGUCAUAGUUGGCCCUGUGUCCUACUUGUUGUUGUCAAAACCAGCUAAGGGUGUGGAGAAAUCCUUUUCUCUUCUCUCGUUGAUUGACAAGAUUCUUCCAAUCUACAAGGAAGUUGUGACUGAGUUAAAGGAAGCUGGUGCUACCUGGAUACAGUUUGAUGAGCCUACCCUUGUGUUGGAUCUUGAUUCCCACCACUUGCAAGCAUUCACUCAUGCAUACUCAGAACUAGAGUCUACUGUAUCUGGUUUGAACGUUCUUAUUGAGACAUACUUUGCUGAUGUUCCUGCUGAGGCAUACAAAACCCUAACUUCUUUGAAGGGUGUUACUGGAUUUGGGUUUGACCUGGUUCGUGGAACAAAGACCCUUGAUUUAAUCCACAGUGGAUUUCCUUCUGGAAAACAACUUUUUGCUGGAGUGGUAGAUGGAAGGAACAUUUGGGCUAAUGAUCUUGCUGCUUCCCUUAAUACUUUGAAGUCUCUUGAGGACAAAGUGGGAAAAGGCAAUCUCAUUGUGUCUACAUCCUGCUCUCUUCUCCACACUGCUGUUGAUCUUGCAAAUGAGACUAAGCUGGACAAAGAGAUCAAAUCAUGGCUUGCAUUUGCAGCACAGAAAGUGCAUGAAGUGAAUGCCUUGGCUAAGGCAUUGUCUGGUCAGAGAGAUGAGGCCUUCUUUUUUAGUAAUGCUGCGGCUCAUUCUUCAAGAAAAUUCUCCCCAAGGGUGACAAAUGAGAAUGUCCAAAAGGCUGCUGCUUCUUUGAAGGGUUCUGAUCACCGCCGAGCCACAGAUGUCAGUGCCAGGUUAGAUGCUCAGCAGAAGAAGCUGGCCCUUCCAGUCCUUCCCACUACAACUAUUGGAUCUUUCCCUCAGACCAUGGAUCUUAGAAGAGUUCGCCGUGAGUUCAAGGCUAAGAAGAUAUCUGAAGAUGACUAUGUCAAGGCCAUCAAGGAGGAAAUCAACAAAGUUGUCGUUCUCCAGGAAGAGCUUGAUAUUGAUGUUUUGGUACAUGGGGAGCCAGAGAGAAAUGACAUGGUUGAGUACUUUGGGGAGCAAUUAUCAGGUUUUGCCUUCACUGUCAAUGGGUGGGUCCAAUCUUAUGGGUCCCGUUGUGUCAAGCCACCUAUCAUCUAUGGUGAUGUGAGUCGACCCAAGGCCAUGACUGUUUUCUGGUCCUCAAUGGCUCAGAGCAUGACUAAGCACCCAAUGAAGGGAAUGCUAACUGGACCUGUUACCAUUCUGAACUGGUCUUUUGUUAGAAAUGACCAGCCCAGAUUCGAGACUUGCUAUCAGAUUGCUUUGGCCAUCAAAGACGAGGUCGAGGAUCUUGAAAGAGCAGGUAUUACUGUCAUCCAGAUUGAUGAGGCUGCUCUAAGGGAGGGUUUGCCGCUUAGAAAGUCUGAGCAGGCUUUCUAUUUGGAAUGGGCUGUUCACUCCUUCAGGAUCACUAACUGCAGUGUUCAAGACACUACUCAGAUCCAUACUCACAUGUGCUACUCCAACUUCAAUGACAUCAUUCACUCAAUCAUAGACAUGGAUGCUGACGUGAUCACCAUUGAGAACUCCAGAUCAGAUGAGAAGCUCCUCUCGGUCUUCCGCGAGGGAGUGAAGUAUGGAGCUGGUAUUGGUCCUGGCGUCUAUGACAUCCACUCCCCCAGGAUUCCAUCCACAGAAGAAAUUGCAGACCGAAUCAACAAGAUGCUUGCAGUCCUUGAGACCAACAUCCUAUGGGUGAACCCUGAUUGUGGCCUCAAGACGCGCAAGUACACAGAGGUGAAGCCUGCUCUCAGCAACAUGGUUGCUGCUGCCAAGCUCCUCCGCACCCAGCUGGCCCAUGCCAAGUGAGUUGUUUAAGCUGCCAUCAAGUGAUCAAGUGAUUUUCCUUGGAAGCUCAAAUAAUCCGUUGGCUUUUCAGCUAAAGGAGCAUAUAAAUACUAGUAGAUAGAAAUUAUAUAUGUUUAUUUUAACAAGCUGUUCUAUUUGUUUGUUUGUGUUAUCCUCCCUUUGUUAUUGUAAAGGGGCAUGGGAAUUGAAGAAUGAGUCAUUGUUACCAUCUUAACUAAUCACCUUUGUGGUUUCUUUUUGAUGAGUUGAACCUUGAGAUGAUCAUUACCUUCUUCAUUUUCUACACAGAAGAUGUUAAUGUUGGUCAUCUGUCUAAACAUUACUUAUAAUAAAUAUAACAUAUACA